AUGAUGUGAGCUCCUUACUGGUUGAUUUGCUGAAACCCACAGGUAUGCGCAUCCUGGUGAACCUGCUGCUGGACACUUUGCCCAUGUUGGGUAAUGUGUUGCUGCUGUGUUUCUUCGUCUUCUUCAUCUUCGGCAUCAUCGGCGUGCAGUUGUGGGCGGGGCUACUGAGAAACCGUUGCUACCCCGAGGAGAACUUCACCCUCUCUUCAGGUAUGGCGCUGCCGACUCCAUACUACCAGCCAGAGGAAGAUGAUGAGCGCCCCUUCAUCUGCUCUCUGGCUUCUGAUAAUGGCAUCAUGUCUUGCUCUGAUGUGCCGGCAAGGCGCGAAGGAGGACGUAUUUGCUGUCUUGACAAAGAGGAUGCUAUGCACAGACAGGCUCUGGGCCUGAGCCCUGAGCCCCUGUCCAAUGGUAGCGGCGCUGGUGAAGCAAUGGGUCUUUGCAUCAACUGGAACCAGUAUUACACUCGGUGCCACACUGGAAACAAUAACCCUCACAAAGGAGCCAUCAACUUUGACAACAUUGUCUAUGCCUGGAUAGUCAUUUUUCAGGUAAUCACUCUAGAGGGCUGGGUUGAGAUCAUGUAUUAUGUGAUGGAUGCCCACUCCUUCUACAACUUCAUCUACUUCAUCUUACUCAUCAUUAUUGGUUCAUUCUUCAUGAUCAACCUGUGCCUGGUGGUCAUUGCCACCCAGUUCUCAGAGACAAAACAGCGGGAACACCAGCUGAUGCAGGAACAAAGGGCACAGUGCCUGUCCUCCUCCACCCUGGCCAGUAUGACUGAGCCAGGAGACUGCUAUGAGGAGAUCUUCCAGCUGGUCUGCCACGUCCUUCGCAAGGCUAAGAGGAGAUCGGCAGCUUUCUACUACACACUGAGGGGCAAGCCCCCUCCAGCUGGUGGAGGCAGGGGAAACAGGCGAGGUGGAGGGCAUGUGAACGGAGAUCGGCAUCAUUUGAGACACCCAAGAUCACCUAAAUGUCCACACCACAGCAAGCAGGAUCAUGACUCCCAGGCACCAUCCAACUCCAUCAGUAUGUCUGUCCCACAGAAUCCUGAGGACUGCCCUAUAUGUGCAUUAUCACUGAAAGAAGGUGCAAGGGCUGUGGGAGAUUUGGCUAAUGAUGAAGACAAUGAGGAUGAUGCAGUCAAGGAAACAGACAAAGAGGAGAGCCCCUUAGAAGAGAAGGGAGCUGAAGAGACAAAGCCAAAGAGGACUUGCUUUGGAUGUUGUAAGGAGCUUUGGAAUGGCAUGAGGAGGAAGCUUUGGGGCAUUGUGGAGAGCAAGUACUUCAGCAGGGGCAUCAUGAUCGCUAUCCUCAUUAACACGAUCAGUAUGGGCAUUGAGCAUCAUAACCAGCCUGAGGAGCUGACCAACGUCCUGGAGAUCUGCAACAUUGUUUUCACCAGUAUGUUCACGCUGGAGAUGAUCCUAAAGCUCACUGCUUUUGGCUUCUUUGAGUACUUGAGGAACCCAUAUAACAUCUUUGAUGGCAUCAUCGUCAUCAUCAGUGUGUGUGAGAUCAUCGGUCAGGCAGACGGUGGUCUAUCAGUGCUGAGGACGUUCAGGCUGUUGAGGGUCAUUAAGCUGGUGAGGUUCAUGCCUGCACUGAGGCGGCAGCUUGUGGUGCUGAUGAAGACUAUGGACAAUGUGGCCACCUUCUGCAUGCUCCUCAUGCUCUUCAUCUUCAUUUUCAGUAUUCUAGGGAUGCACAUUUUUGGCUGUAAGUUCAGUUUGAAGACCGAGGCAGGAGACACGGUACCUGACAGGAAGAAUUUUGACUCCCUGCUUUGGGCUAUCGUUACUGUGUUUCAGAUUCUGACUCAGGAGGAUUGGAAUAUGGUGCUGUACAAUGGCAUGGCAUCCACCUCCCCCUGUGCUGCUCUCUACUUUGUAGCACUUAUGACGUUUGGAAACUAUGUGCUCUUUAAUUUACUCGUUGCCAUCCUGGUUGAAGGUUUUCAAGCUGAGGGUGAUGCAAACCGCUCUUACUCAGACGACGACAGGUCUUCUUGUAAUUUUGAUGAGAAUGAUAAGCAAAAAGACUCCCUACACCUCUCAGACCCCAAGAUCUGCACUCUGACUCCUAAUGGACACCUGGACCUGUCCCUAUUGCCUGCCGGUCUGUUUCCUGGAGAAAGGUUGACCUUUGCUCUUGGCUCUAGGAAGAAUAGUGUCAUUUCUCUCGGCAGGGCCGACCUGGAGAAGAGGGCUGUGUUUCCAGGUCGAGGUUACCACAACUGGGGCCGUCCACUACCUCCCCAGCCUCACCCCUUGUGGGCUCGUCGCUCCAGCUGGAGCAGCCUUGGAGGACGGCCCUGCUGCUCCUCAUCUCCCUCUGCUAGCCCUGCCUUCACCCCUACCUCUGCUAGGCCCUUCUACGGCUACGGCCUGGGGGGUCUGGGAGGGGUGGUUGGAGGAAGCCUCCGUAUCCGUGGUCCCCGUGCAUCCUCUUCCUCCCCUCACCACCACCGCCACCACCACCAUAUCCAGCCAGAUGAGGAAGAGUCACUUCUCUCUCCUCCUGUUGCUCCUCACUCCCUCCAGCUUCCCCAUCCUCUGCUCCCAGGCUAUUUUGCACCACGGAGGGACCGGCGAGCUCUUUCCCUAGAGCUCCCUCAUGUGCUGCAGGUUCCAGCUGGAACCUCACAUGCUCCAUCACAACCACACCACCCACUGCCUCCGAUGACACUCCAUGCUCACCACAGGAAGAAGAGCCUCUCUGGAGGGCUGGUAAUUAGUGGUGGUGACUUAGAAACAGUUCACCAAGACUGUAAUGGAAAGACCCCGCUCUCGCACCUUCUCCAGCCACCUCCAAAACGACAGACUGAGCAGCCUGGAAGGGCAAACCCUGAGAGCCAACUGAUGGCUGAUGUCUUCCCCCAGGUCAACACACGCAGCAAGGACCGGGAAGAUCUUGAUGAUGAGAUUGAUUAUAGUUUGUGCUUCCGUAUCCAGAAGAUGAUGGAAGCUUACAGACCAGACUGGUGUGAGACAAGAGAGGAUUGGUCCGUCUUCCUUUUCUCCCCACAGAACAAGUUCAGACAGAUUUGUCAAUCCAUCAUAGCCCAUAAGCUGUUUGACUACGUCGUGUUAGCCUUCAUCUUCUCCAACUGCAUCACAGUGGCUCUGGAGAGGCCCAAGAUACUACAAGGCAGCUUGGAAAGGGUCUUUCUCACCAUCUCCAACUACAUCUUUACUGCCAUCUUUGUGGGCGAGAUGACUCUCAAGGUGGUUUCCAUGGGUCUGUACAUGGGGGAACAGGCAUAUCUGCGGAGCAGCUGGAACAUUCUGGAUGGAUUCUUGGUUUUUGUGUCAUUGAUUGAUAUAGUCGUGUCCAUGGCUGGAGGAGCUAAGAUCCUGGGUGUGCUCAGGGUACUCCGGCUUCUCAGGACACUUCGUCCCCUCAGAGUAAUUAGCAGAGCUCCUGGACUGAAGCUCGUGGUGGAGACCCUCAUCACUUCCCUCAAACCCAUUGGCAACAUUGUCCUCAUCUGUUGUGCAUUCUUCAUCAUCUUUGGCAUCCUUGGAGUACAACUGUUUAAAGGAAAAUUUUUCUACUGUCUUGGCCCCGAUGUCAAAAACAUCACCAACAAGUCGGACUGUCUGCAAGUUAACUAUAAGUGGGUCCACCAUAAGUACAACUUUGACAACCUGGGACAGGCUCUGAUGUCCCUGUUUGUACUCGCCUCCAAGGACGGCUGGGUCAAUAUAAUGUACCACGGUCUGGACGCAGUGGGUGUAGACCAACAGCCGGUAACCAACAACAACCCGUGGAUGCUGCUUUAUUUCAUCUCUUUCCUCCUCAUCGUCAGCUUUUUUGUCCUCAACAUGUUUGUCGGAGUGGUGGUGGAGAAUUUCCACAAGUGCCGGCAGCACCAGGAGGUGGAGGAGGCCAAGAGGCGCGAGGAGAAGCGCCAGCGGCGCAUGGAAAAAAAGAGGAGGAAAGCCCAGAAGCUGCCAUAUUACGCCAGCUAUGGCAACGUACGCCUAAUGAUUCACACACUCUGCACAAACCACUAUCUGGAUCUUAUCAUCACCUUCAUCAUCUGUAUCAACGUCAUCACAAUGUCCUUAGAGCACUACAAUCAACCUCACUCUCUGGAUCUUGCACUCAAGUACUGCAACUAUUUCUUCACCUCCACUUUUGUGCUGGAGUCUGUACUCAAACUCAUCGCGUUUGGAUUCCGUCGCUUCUUCAAGGACAGGUGGAACCAGUUGGACCUGGCCAUCGUGCUCCUGUCAGUAAUGGGCAUUAUUCUGGAAGAGAUUGAGAUCAGUGCUGCGCUGCCCAUCAACCCCACUAUCAUCAGGAUUAUGAGGGUACUGAGGAUAGCACGAGUGCUGAAGCUGCUGAAGAUGGCAACAGGAAUGAGAGCCUUGCUGGAUACAGUGGUCCAAGCCCUGCCUCAGGUGGGUAACCUGGGCCUGCUCUUCAUGCUGCUGUUUUUCAUCUACGCCGCCUUAGGAGUAGAGCUUUUUGGAGAACUUGUUUGCAAUGAAGACUACCCAUGUGAGGGUAUGAGUCGUCACGCUACUUUUGAGAACUUUGGCAUGGCCUUCCUUACUUUGUUUCAAGUCUCCACGGGCGACAACUGGAAUGGCAUCAUGAAGGACACUUUGCGGGAAUGCCCACCUGACCACAAAACUGAUGUGGACUAUGCCUGCAAUCCAAGCCUUCAGUUUAUCUCGCCCAUGUACUUUGUCUCCUUUGUGCUCACCGCCCAGUUUGUGCUCAUCAAUGUGGUGGUGGCCGUGCUGAUGAAGCACCUGGACGACUCCAACAAGGAGGCCCAAGAGGAGGCGGAGAUGGAUGCAGAAAUUGAGCUGGAGCUGGCCCAGGGCACCCUCUGUUGCAUGGGUGCCCCCAGUUGUGGGGGUGGGGGGGUGGACAAAGGAAUGCUCACUGCUGGAUCAGGGCCUGGAGGAACGGCAGGGAGAAAAGAGAGAGGAAGUGCAAGAGGAGAGAAGGGAGAGGGGGUGAGGAGAAUGCGACAUGCAGUAACCACUGCACACCAAGGACCCUACAACACCAGCGACUCCAACCGGACCUUGUACUCACCAUCACAAGAGAGCCAGUGGUUGGACAGCGUAUCUCUCCUAAUCAAGGAUACGUUUGAGGGGGAGAUGCUGAUGAUCGACAACCUCUCCGGUUCUGUCUUCCACCACUACUCCUCUCCUCCACCUGUCUGCAAAGACUGCAAGGGCCACCCACAAGAGCAGAUCAGAAUGGCAGAGAUUGAACAGGCGUCAUUGAAGUCAGAGCAACUCUCCGACAAGUCCUCAUCCCCUGCUCUGCCAGAUGACCUCAGCCUGGACGAACACACUGCCUAUCACCUGCUGGCACAAGAGGGCAAGGGAAGGUGCAGCAGUGACAUCCACAGUUCUGAGGAGACCAGUGGUGGAGGAGGUCAGGAAGGAGGUCACCAGACUCAGACCGUAGUGCACAGCCAGGUGCAGGGGUCAUGCCAGCCAUGCAGAGCCCUCAGUGCUGGCACUGAGAUGGAGACCACAAUGGAGGACAUGAAACUGCAAACACACCAGCCACAUAUGUGCUCACCCCACUGCAGUCCUGAAGAUGGCGUUUCCAACUGUGGGCAAAAGGAAAGACACAGAGAAGGAGAAGGAGGGGAAGCCAGUGGUAUUUCUACUCUUUUCCAUCUACCAGCAGAGUUCUUUCACUCUGCAGGUGCAGCAAUCCCGGUGCCUCCCCACAGUAGAAGCCUACGUUUGUCAAGGGGUAUUAGGCUGACCUCCCCAUCCUCCUGGGCCUCAUUUCGUUCCCCUGGAGCCCAUAGAAAGAUGCUCUGUGCACAGUAUCCAUCCCACAGUGACUCAUCUCUUGCUACAGGAAGCUCUGAAGGCAGCCUUCAGACCACCCUAGAAGAAGGACUGAGCUUCAGUGUCUCUCCACCACAGAACCUGGAGUUGCCAACAGCUCCCUUAGCACCCAUGUGCCCUCUUCCGCUAACCGAAGACAAAAUUACUAUUUCCUCUCCAGUUCAAACCCUGAGACCGAGGCCCAAUCCCUCAUGCGCGUUAACCCUUUUGGCCACUAGGGGUCACCAACGGAGCCAGAGCAGCGGGCGUGGCAGCACUAGUCCGGGCUACACCCGUGAGGACUCUAUUGACCCCUCAGAUGAGGAUCUGGGCAUUGGCAUUGGAUCGUCUAUUGGAGGCUGUGGCUCUAGCCAAGCGGGCAACAGUGAACAUUUAUCAGAGGCACUAAGCAGCUUGUCACUGACAUCUCUUCUGACACCCAGCUCCCUCAUGUACCCAGGAGGAGCAGUGAAGAAGUGCAACAGCACAGGCAGUCUGGACAAAGGGGGGAUGCUGCUGUCUUCACGGGGCAGGGAGGGCCGCAGGGAGAUUAUGGGCCUGGAGCUUAUAGACCCCCAGGGCUUUCUGGCAAACCCCUGGACAGGGGUAAUAGUUGAUCCAAGAAGAGGAGAGAGAGGAGGGGAAGUAGAAGGUGGGGAACUGGGUUUGAAAGGGAAGAGCUCAAGCCAAACAACAGUAGGGCCUUGUCGAGAAAACAGAUGAAACCUACUGUUUAUUCUUUUUUUGUCUUUCAAUUUCUUGGAACUAAACCCUUCGCUGUCCCUCUCACUCUCUCUGCUUCAUCAGUGAGACAGAGGUUUGAUGACACAUGAUGCCCUAUACUCCAAAGCCAAACCCUCAUUUUCCCAAUUCAAACUCUUUAUAUACAUUUAUGACAAGCUCAUGUCCUGUUUAUGCUAUCUAAGGGGAGUGGUAAAGGUAAUGGUUUGAUGGUGAGGAAGUGGCCCGCGGAUAUAAGGUCCAAGGGCUGAAGAGAGGCAUAUCUACCCUUUUAGGGGCUGUAGUUGUGGAGGAUGCUAUGGAAACUUCAGAUAACGCUGGAAAACUAGGAGUUUCGUUCAUUUCUGGGAAUCAAUAGGUGCGGAUACAAAGGAGCGUAAAUUCAAAGAUCCUACCAAGAGUCUUGAUUUUGCUCUACUGUAAUUUCCUUUUCUCUGUGACAACUCGGGUUCAGUGAGGUUCGAAAUGCAAAGUUAGAAGUACGCAAACUUGACAUAGCUAUCCAUGCCAAUAAAGACUGUUUUGAUUUGUUUAUGUCUCAGAGGCAUGGUAGAAAGUGGGUGGAGGACCUGUGAUUUUGGAAUAAAUCAAGGCGGAAGGAAGACUGGGAAAGGAAAAGGCAGGUUUUUUUGGCUGGAAAAGCAGAAAGCGGAUCUAAUGUCCAUCUGUUCUGGCAGACGGAAACAACAGGUCCUACUCACUCUGGCAAAGGACCUUCUGCUGAGAUCAGAGUAAAAUGUGAGGUGGAGGAGAGUUCAGGAAUGAGUCCUCAUAGUUUGUGUUUGAGAGCACUGCCUCAGGUACCCAAGGCAUGAAUUAAAUCAUUCUCAUCACUGCACCAUACCUCAGUGUUUUCUGAAACAGGAAAUAGGUAUUGACUAUAUGUGUCUGUCAACUUGGUCUUCAAUGGCAGCGGAAAAUGAAAAGAAAUUGAGAUGGUGGAGGUCUAACUGUGCGUGGAGUGAUUCGUGAAAUUUUUUUUUUUUUUUUUUUUUUUCCAUUCUAUCUUCAGUAUCUCCCACUCAUGAACAUGAAAAAAUGAGUGUGAAAGAGAAGUAGGUUAUAUGGUGAUAAAUAAACCUUGUCAGAAGUCACAGCAAAAGUGGGAAUGAGGUAAGUUAUGCUGCACCGAAAUAUGGCUCACAGCUAGUGACACUAAAGCACACUCCUUUUGGACUCGGCUCUUUCUCACCAUCUUUAAGGAUUUACAAUAAAAGGACAAAUCCGUAAGUGCUGCAAAAGACCUUGACUGCAUGAUGGGAUUGCAUUUAACCAAGAUUUUUAUCUAUAUACAGAGGUGUAUCAAGAUGUCAUUGUUGGGUGAUAACCAUGUGAUUUCUAUUCCACUAUUUUUGUAGAAAAGAGAAUAGGCACGUGCAAGUGUUACCGUUAGUUUGUUCUGAUUUAAUUUAACCCAUGCAGUGUCUAAGACUUGUUGUCUAAGACUUUUUUGUCUGCCAUUGGCUUCCAGUUUUAUAACAUUUUUUAAGGUAUGAACAGUGUAUAAAACAAAAAAGCAAAAAAUUUCAAACCAACUUUGUGCGCUGAAGUGAUUGUUCCCUGCAGCACAUUUCUCGACGGGAAUACUUGUUCCUUGUGGACUUUUUAUUUUUUUUUCCAGAUGUUGGAAUCCGAGGACAACCAGUGGUGGGAACAGCCAUAUUCACUCACCACAUGUGGACUGUCUAGUUCACAGAGAGGACAAACAGACCUGCACACAGGAAACUUUGUUUGCUUGUAGCCUCCUGGCUAUAACAAAAAAAAAAAAAAAAAAAAAAAAAAAACAUGAACAGCAUAAAUCAUCUCUAUGAAAGCUUUAAUUUGAGAGUUAAAUCACAACAUAUCGAUUAUGGGCACAUUUGUGUUCUUUAAGCAUGGUAUGGGGAAUGCAAUACAGUACGCUUAUUCUUGAAAUGACGGCUUGAUGCACUCAUCUUCUCUUCCCCAUCUCUUCACACACAUACAGUAUGUUGUAGCAAACCUUUUCACACAUUAUCAUUUGAUAUCAGAAGCAACCACUGUAACAAAGAUCAAAACAUUGUAUCUUUUAAUGGGAACUUAUUUUGGCUUCUGCCACUGGAUGAAUUACUUCAUUCAAAAAGGAGAUAACUCAUCUUUAAGCCUGAUUUCUAGUGAUAGACUGUUGUAUCCUUAGUAUUUUGAUCAUUACCUUACUUUUAGUUUUUAAAAAGACAGAUAAGGUGAUGUGAGAAAAAUCUGAGGGUUUGACCUCCUUUUAUCAUGCAAAAUCACUUUGAUGACUAUGUUUUAUCAUGUGGUGUUGGAUAUCAAUAAGUCAGAAAGUUGUGUGUGUGUGUGUGUGUGUGUGGGUGUGUGUGUGUGUGUGUGUGUGUGUGUGUGUG